GGGCUGCGGCGCCUUCUGCUGGCCGCCGCCGGCCCCCCGGGCGGCCGGCCCGGGAGCGCCGCGCCCGCCCGCAGCGCCCCCGCCGCCGCAGCGCGCGCGCCGGGCGCGGCCAGCGCCUGCGGCGGCCGCGGGGGCGCCGCGGAAGCGCCGGGGGCGCUGCAGGCGGCGCAAUUGCCGGAGCCCGACGGCGUUGCCGCCGUCGGCGAGGACGCGGGUCUCUGGUCUUUGGCGGGCGACACCGGCGGCCCCCCCGACGCCGUGGCCGGGCAGCGGCAGACCUCCCCGUGGGCGUCCGCUGGCAGCGGCGGCUGCCCGCUGGAGCCGUGCCCUGCGCCGACCGAGCCGGCCACAGACGGGGCCGACCUCGAGCCCUGGGUGGACGACUGGGGCCGCGCGGAGGCCUGCAGCCCGGCGCAGUUCGGCGCCGCGCUGCGCUCCCCCGGGGGCAGCGACGACGGAAUCGAGAAGGAGCCCACCCUCGUCGAGGAGAGCACGCUCGCCCUGGAGGCGCCGGCCCCGGCGGAGCGGGCCGACGCCGCCGAGCAGGUCCUGCCCCAGGAGAAGACCUGGCUGCAGGAGCUCGGCGACGAGCCCCUGCUGCAGGAGGAGAGGACCAUGCUGCAGGUGGUGCCCGACGGCGAGCCGGGCCUGCCGCGGGAGGGCACGAUGCUGCUCAUGGCCCAGGACGCCACGGCGAUCGCCCUCCCCGGAGGCGCCGGCGGCGCGCACGGGCCGAGGCCCUCGCGCUGGGCCUCCGACGGGGUGCCCGAGGUCGAGCUGCAGGGCGGCGGCGCCCUCCCGGGCCCGCGGGGCCUCCUGUGCCAGCUGCUGCCGUGCAGGUGCGAGUGCGCGUCGGACCUCUUCUGGCCGAGGCCGCCCGAGGUCCAGGUCCUCGAGGGCCUCGCGUACGAGCCGCCCUCCGCCAGGAGGGCAGCCAGCGGCUCCCUGGCGGGAUGA